AUGCCAGCACCUGUGUGCUUGAUUGAGAAUGAAGGGGAGGGACUGCGGACAGUGGAAUCGGCCCUGGACAUCCUCAGGAGGAUCAAGCAGCCUGUGGUGGUGGUGGCUGUGGUGGGGUUGUACCGCACUGGCAAGUCUUACCUCAUGAAUCGGCUAGCUGGACAACAGUCAGGCUUUGCUCUGGGCAGGACCAUUGAGACUAAGACCAAAGGCAUCUGGAUGUGGUGUGUGCCUCACCCCUCUAAACAAGGACAUACGCUGUUGCUGUUAGACACUGAAGGACUGGGUGAUGUCAACAAGGGCGACUCGAAGAACGAUGCCUGGAUCUUCUGUCUGGCCGUGCUGCUCAGUAGCACCCUGGUGUACAACAGCAGAGGCACCAUCGAUAACGAUGCUGUAGAGAAACUCCACUAUGUGACUGAGAUAACCGAUCACGUCCAGAUAAAGUCAGCGUGCGCCCGUGAUGAGUAUGGCGAUGAGGAGGACUGUAAGUUUGUCCGCUUCUUCCCCGACUUCAUCUGGGCCGUUCGGGACUUCACUCUGGAGAGGAAUAUCGAGGGUCGUGACGUGAACGAGGACGAGUACCUGGACUAUGCCCUGCAGCUGAAGAAAGGUCAGUCUACUAAAGUAUUGACCUACAACCAACCGAGACAGUGCAUACGGAACUUCUUCCCGACACGGAAGUGCUUCACCUUCCCGUUCCCAACGUUGAUGAAAAAAAUGACGAACCUGGACUCCAUGGCUGAGGCUGACCUUUUACCAGAAUUCCUGGAUGUCGCUGAACGCUUCUGCAGUAACGUCUUUGAAGUGAGCCGCGUGAAGACGGUACAGGGUGGUCAGGAGGUCACCGGCAGCCAGUUCAGCCAUCUUGUGAAGAUCUACGUGGACACCAUCAACAGUGGCAGCAUUCCCUGUCUGGAGAAUGCUGUGGUUGCCAUGGCAGAUAUAGAAAACCAGUUGGCCGUGGAUGCAGGCUUCCAGCUCUAUGAGCAGGCAAUGGGGAAUUUGAGUAAGACCUUUCCCACGGAUCUUGAAACUGUCUCUGCUGAACAUCUUCGCCUCAACGGCCUGGCAAUGCAGGAAUUCCACAAGAAUUCCUUCAAGGAUGAAGGCGAGAAAUACAUGAGGCAGCUGGAGGAGAAGGUGUCUCAGCUCUAUAAGCAGCUUAACACUCUGAACAAGGAGGCCUCGGAGGAGCUUUGUCGGAAGGUUCUCUUGGAGCUGUACGAACCAAUGGCCGUCAACAUUCAGCAGGGCAGCUAUGCCAAGUCAGGCGGGUAUGAGAUCUACUGCCGUGACCGAGACGCCAUGGUGGCCGAGUACAAGCAACAUGACAAGAAGGGCAUGAAGGGGGAACAGGUGUUGGAAGAGUUUCUCCAGGAGAAGAACGCUGAAGCAAACUCCAUCCUAAAAGCUGAUCAGAGACUCACAGAGGCCGACAAGAUGAUGGCCGAGGCCAAAGAGAGGGAGAAGGUGCAGGAGCAGAAGAUCAUUGCCAUGGAGCAGCGGCAUCAGGCCCUGGAGCGCGCCCUGGAGGACCUGCGUCUCAGCAGGGAGCAGGAUCUUAGGCGCCUGAAGGAGAAGAUGGAGGAGGAAAAGCAGCUCCAGCACGAGGAGUUGGAGCGAGCCAUGGAGAGCAAACUGAAGGAGUACAAGGAGAUGAUGGAGAAGGGCCUCAAGGACCAGGCAAACAUCUUGGGCCAGGAGAUUUCUGCUGGGAAACAAAAGCGUUCCGGUUUAGAGGAGCAGUUUAUAUUACCUUAA